UGUAUAAUGCAAAUUAAGAAAUUAAAGAGAUUGACAAAUAUCCAUGCAGAAAGACUGAUGAUAAUUGCCAAAAAUAACAAUCAAUUUGUCGCAAACUGAGAAUAGUUUUGUAUACUAUCUUUUCACUGGGCCACUGUCUACAAACGCUUAAAAACAUUUGCGCGUACCAACAGCGGAACCAGUAAAUAUCCGUUUCCCAGAACACAUGUGAUUGACUUCCUCUGUUUACAUUAAUUUUUAUGAACCGGGAACUGACACGUGUGUAAGAUAAACUUCACCCACAAUCAUCCGAAAAUGGCAGCUUUUGAUCCUGAUAUUGAAAUCAUGUAUGUGUGUCGGUCGAAUUUAGUAUCACGUUCUCAAGUGCGAGUGAUUAUGUCUGAAACGUACAACCGAACAAAACUUCCUGAAGCAAUGGAAAACGAUCUUGAACUUGUAUGGAGUGAUCGAGUGUCCAAAAACCCGAAGUUGUAUAAUGGUACCAAGUUCAGGAUAGAUUCUGUAUCGUUUCAUGGCGACAUACUAACGUUAAAUCUCGGGGUAACGUGUUACAAGGAAUAUAUAGGGAGCAACUGGUCUCCUAGAGUAGGGCAAUACCAAACUGUGGGUCGUCAGCAAAGUAACAACCCUCAGGUGCACCUGUCAGAUCCUCUUGGCGUCGGGUCGUUUGUACUGACAAGUGAUAAUCGUGUGAUCCUGCUGAGGAGAAGUGUACACUGUGGCGAGGCUCCUGGUCUGUGGGACGUCCCAGGUGGACAUGCAGAGCCUGAGGAGUUGGUUGGGAAGAAACCGUUUGAGGAAAUAGAUGUGUCCUCCAUGGAUUCUCAAGCUGUCACUGAGGAAAUCUUUGACUCCAUCCUGCGUGAGAUUCGGGAUGAGGUUAAUCUGCCACAGUCAUCCUUGUCCGAUCCUGAAGUCCUUGGUAUAGCUCGGAACACCACUAGUGCAGGCAGACCCAGCAUGGAGUUUCUUGUCAGGUGCAGUCUGACGUCGGAGGAGGUGGUGUCUCGGUACCGGCAGGGCAGCCAGGCCGAGGCUGACGAGUCCACCAGCAUCAAGAUGCUCCCUCUAGAAGACGCUGUUGUCUUGAAAACAAAGAAUCCUGACUUGUGGGGGAAACUGGCCCCUUCUGGCAAAGGGUGUUUCAUUCUUUACGGGUUAACAAACAGUAGUUAGUCCAAUGAGUGUCGCCCCACACGCCUCGGCUGGUGUUGUCUAGCAACAAGUUGGAAUGUGCCUUCCUUCACUGCCUCAGGUCACAGACAGCUAACCUGCUGUCAUAGUGUUUAUUACACAUGUAUUUUGAACCAUGCUGUAGAGAUUUACAUCUUGUACAGUGAGUGAGGUUGUUUAACAAUGUCUGCAAUGGCAGCUAUACAGAAUGUAUGAUGGGACACUGCUGCAUGAGGUACUCUGCGAGGAAUAUCUCAUGUUGGCACUUUGAUGCAAGGGACUUUUCAUACAUAUGAUCAUCUGAUCACAUUGCGGGUUGCCAUUAUUUCUAUGUUAGUUACAAUUAAGUACAUUUUGCUAAUAUGGGUCACUUCCCGUAUCGUUGAAUUUAGUAAUGUGGAUCAAAUCAUAUAUCAUUUACUUCAGUAAUGAGGGUCACUUCCUGUAUGGUGGAAUUUAGUAAUGCGGAUCAAAUCAUAUAUCAUAUACUUUACUAAUGUGGGUCACUUCCUGUAUCGUGGAAUUUAGUAAUGUGGAUCACUUCCUGUAUCUUAGACUCAGUAUAGAGGGUCACUUCCUGUAUCGUGGAAUUUAGUAAUGUGGAUCACUUCCUGUAUCGUGGAAUUUAGUAAUGUGGAUCACUUCCUGUAUCUUGGACUCAGUAAUGAGGGUCACUUCCUGUAUCGUGGAAUUUAGUAAUGUGGAUCGAAUCAUAUAUCAUGUACUCUUCUAAUGUGGGUCACAUCCUGUAUCAUGGAAUUUAGUGAUGUGGAUCAAAUCAUAUAUCAUGUACUUUACUAAUGUGGAUCACUUCCUGUAUCUUGGACUCAGUAAUGUGGGUCACUUACUGUAUCGUGGAAUUUAGUAAUGUGAAUCACUUCCUGUAUCUUGGACUCAGUAAUGUGGGUCACUUCCUGUAUCUUGGACUCAGUAAUGUGGAUCACUUCCUGUAUCGUGGAAUUUAGUAAUGUGGAUCACUUCCUGUAUCUUGGAAUUUAAUCAUGUGGAUCAAAUCAUAUAUCGUUUUUUACUAAUGUGGGUCACUUCCUGUAUCGUGGACUCAGUAAUGUGGGUCACUUCCUGUAUCGUGGAAUUUAGUAAUGUGGAUCGAAUCAUAUAUCAUGUACUCUUCUAAUGUGGGUCACAUCCUGUAUCAUGGAAUUUAGUAAUGUGGAUCAAAUCAUAUAUCAUGUACUUUACUAAUGUGGAUCACUUCCUGUAUCUUGGACUCAGUAAUGUGGGUCACUUACUGUAUCAUGGAAUUUAGUAAUGUGAAUCACUUCCUGUAUCUUGGACUCAGUAAUGUGGAUCACUUCCUGUAUCGUGGAAUUUAGUAAGGUGGAUCGAAUCAUAUAUCAUGUACUCUUCUAAUGUGGGUCACAUCCUGUAUCAUAGAAUUUAGUAAUGUGGAUCAAAUCAUAUAUCAUGUACUUUACUAAUGUGGGUCACUUCCUGUAUCUUGGACUCAGUAAUGUGGGUCACUUACUGUAUCAUGGAAUUUAGUAAUGUGAAUCACUUCCUGUAUCUUGGACUCAGUAAUGUGGAUCACUUCCUGUAUCGUGGAAUUUAAUCAUGUGGAUCAAAUCAUAUAUCAUGUUUUUUACUAAUGUGGGUCACUUCCUGUAUCGUGGAAUUUAGUAAUGUGGAUCACUUCCUGUAUCUUGGAAUUUAAUCAUGUGGAUCAAAUCAUAUAUCAUGUUUUUUACUAAUGUGGGUCACUUCCUGUAUCGUGGACUCAGUAAUGUGGGUCACUUCCUGUAUCUUGGAAUUUAAUAAUGUGGAUCAAAUCAUAUAUCAUGUUUUUUACUAAUGUGGGUCACUUACUGUAUCAUGGAAUUUAGUAAUGUGAAUCACUUCCUGUAUCUUGGACUCAGUAAUGUGGAUCACUUCCUGUAUCGUGGAAUUUAAUCAUGUGGAUCAAAUCAUAUAUCAUGUUUUUUACUAAUGUGGGUCACUUCCUGUAUCGUGGAAUUUAGUAAUGUGGAUCACUUCCUGUAUCUUGGAAUUUAAUCAUGUGGAUCAAAUCAUAUAUCAUGUUUUUUACUAAUGUGGGUCACUUCCUGUAUCGUGGACUCAGUAAUGUGGGUCACUUCCUGUAUCGUGGAAUUUAAUAAUGUGGAUCAAAUCAUAUAUCAUGUUUUUUACUAAUGUGGGUCACUUCCUGUAUCAUGGAAUUUAAUCAUGUGGAUCAAAUCAUAUAUCAUGUUUUUUACUAAUGUGGGUCACUUCCUGUAUCUUGGUGUCAUUCAUCCCCAGGCUCCCAUGACAACACUGAACCAUGUUUGAUAUUAUGAAGCCAAAUUCUUCCAUUGAAUGUAAAUAUUUGUAACUCGUAUAUGUUUGUCUUAAUGCUGUUCUUAACAGUUUUUUUAAUCUGCAUCUUAUUUUUUCGUGCAAUCAAUAUCAGAGAAAGCUGCACGUUAUUUCCAGGCUGCUUGUUGAGAGGACAGUUCCUGACUGAAUCAUCAGCUGUGAAUGUUGUAUUCAUACACCACACUUUUAUACCGGUGACAUCAGAUUUCAACCUACAAUUUCGAUAAGUGAGUAAUAAAUAAAUUAUCACACACAACCACAUUAGAUACUGUUUAUAUUACAACUUGUGUAUUUCAAAAGUAAUCUAUAUAUAUCGCUAUAAAUUAAUGUUUGUGUGGAUCGAUUUCAUCAUCACGUCAUGGACCUAGUGGGAUCAUUUCAUCAUCACGUCAUGGACCUAGUGGGAUCAUUUCAUCAUCACGUCAUGGACCUUGUGGGAUCAUUACAUCAUCACGUCAUGGACCUUGUGGGAUCAUUUCAUCAUCACGUCAUGGACCUAGUGGGAUCAUUUCAUCAUCACGUCAUGGACCUAGUGGGAUCAUUUCAUCAUCACGUCAUGGACCUUGUGGGAUCAUUUCAUCAUCACGUCAUGGACCUAGUGGGAUCAUUUCAUCAUCACGUCACGGACCUUGUGGGAUCAUUUCAUCAACGUGUUUCAUGGACCUUGUUAAUGUUUUGGAAUUAUUAUAUAUUUAUUUUCUACGUGGAUGUAUACAUAUAAAUAAAACGUACCAUACUGA